UUGAGACGAGUAAGCAGGCGUAGGAGAUAAUUAAAAUAUCUGUAGCUAGUUUGUUAGAUUCUGUUUUCGCGUCGCUGUGGACAACUGUAGCGAAAAACAGUUUGAAUGUAUUAUUUUGAGAAAGUGAAUUUUCGAGAGGAGUUAAUUGCACGUCAGCGUUGGAGCCAUUUGUGGGAAUACACUUCUCAGCCUGUACUGUACUAGCUAGCUAGCUAGCGCCAAUGAAACUGAUGCUCCGUGACUAGCUAGGCAGCUACCUAUGACGAUUCUGUUUUUCUGUACUUAGCCGUGGACUGUGGUGCGAUGUGUGUGAAUGAGAGACGGGAAGCUUUUGAACCGUUUCAGUUGCAGACAGAAAGCCAGGUUGGCAAAAAAUAUAUACAUUUAACCUGAGAGUAAAAGCGACAGAAGUGGCCUGUGUGUCACUUUUCAAGCGCAUGAGAGACUUGGAGUAGCUAACGCAAGCUAGCUAGUUAGCUAGUAGCCAUCCAGUAAUGUAAGCACCGCGAACGAGUUGUUAUGUCAGGUCGUUUAAAACUGUAAUUGCAUGUUAGCCUGUCAGCUAAGACAGAUCGUUGACAGACUUGAGAAACAACAGUAGUUAGCUAGUUAUAGCUAAACAAAAUCUGAAGCUAAGCGAAAGUGUAGUGACUUGUACUAAACAGCUAGCUCGCUAAAUAACAAACAUGUCGAGCUGGGCAUUGCUUCUAUAGAGAGACAUUUUGCUGGAAGCUAGCAUAGCCUGCUAGCUAGUUCACUGAUUAGACAAAGCGUGCAAGUUAGCUAGCUAGCUAACGUUAGCUAGCUAACAGUGCCGACAGAACAAACCAGCAAAAUGACACUCACUUGAGGUAUAAUAUCAGCCUCUUUGGCUGUGUGUCUGUGUGUCGUUCAUUUGUCCGUCUUUGUUAUUGUUUCUUCCGUGCGUAUUAAUAUUUUAGCUGGAUAGCUUGCUAGCAGGAUAUUGUUUGAGCUGGAGCUAAGAAAAAAUAGCUAUCCUGCAGGUUACUUAAUAGCUACAGAUAGGUUGCUGGCAUACUUACUUUGUCGUUCAGCAAACAGUUUGCCAACUCUGUUUUUGACCUGCAACGUUGCUAGAUAUCUUGCUAACGGACUGCAUUAACUAAGCAAGUUGAAUAGCAAGUUGCAUUUGGGCGAAAUUCCCUACUAAAGAAAAUCGACGGAAAAUAUAUAUUCACUCCAACUACUACUCAUGUUACACUUCGAUCAUCCGAAACCCAAGAAACGAUAUGAUGCUAAUGUAGAGUACGUGUACAGUUUAAAAUUAACGUUGGCUAUUUUGAGAUAAUAAGUAACCUUAGCUAUUUGUCUUGAAAGAUUCUCGCGCUGAACACACAGCUAACAGUUGUAUUUCCAAAUUAAUCAGCAAUCUUAGCUAGUGUUGAGCCUAAACACAGACAUAAUAGUUCAAUCUUGUUUUGGGAAGUGAAAAAAUAACUGUUCUUGUCAGAUAGAAAUGAGAAGAUGAAUAGCGAGGAGGAAAUCUUAGAUUUUUGUAAUGCCAAAACGAAGAAAACCGUCAAUGAAGAUACCACAAACAGUGCGGAAGAAAUCAUGCCUCGCAAUAGUCUUGAAGUGAUGGAUGGCGACGCGGGGAAACUGGGCAUUGAAACUGAGGCUGUGGACACCCCUUUGCCAGCCAGGAUAAAUGACAGCUGUGGGGGCGACGAAGGCGUUAGGGUAGGCGAUGGUUUGGAGACUGAUAAGUUAACUGGGAACAGUGGCGCGCCUCUCGCAUCCCAUAUCACAAGCUCCGGUUUGGAUAGUGCUUCCAAUGACCAACAGCUUCAGGGUGAGAGCGAUGCAAACUCCGGAACACCACGACCCGAGUUUCAAGCUGGGAUUACGGGGAUUGGAGAGGACAUGGAUAUAGGGGUGGAUUUGACUCUUGACGAAAGUGGAAUGCUGGAAUCUCAGUCCCUGAACCAGGAAGGCGACCGGAGCGGGGUUGAGAGUGCCUCAAACGUGUCCGGUCUUCCUACAGCGGCCUCCUCCAUGGGCAAUGACACACAUGGGUCUGAGAAGCCCUUAAAUAAAGAUGCCAGUCUACCCUGUGAUUCUUCUAAAGGGGAAGUUACAUCUCCUGCCUCUGUUGUUGAUGAAAGUGAGAAACACAAACAAGGGGCCAAGAAGGUUACUUUCCCCUCAGAUGAAGACAUUGUCUCUGGAGCCGUGGAGCCAAAAGACCCCUGGAGGCAUGCCCAGAACGUGACGGUGGAGGAGAUCCUCUCGGCCUACAAGCAGGCCUGUCAGAAGCUCAACUGUAAACCCAUCGCCCGGCUGCUGACACAGAUCCAGGAGCUGAGGGACCUGACCCAGAGGAACGAGUGUCUGGACCUGAAAGGAGAGAAGCUGGACUACAAAGCAUGCGAGGCCCUGGAGGAGGUCUUUAAGAGGGUCCAGUUUAAGGUGGUGGACCUGGAGCAGACCAACCUGGACGAAGACGGUGCAUCUGCCCUCUUCGACAUGAUCGAGUACUACGAGUCGGCCACGCACCUCAACAUCUCCUUCAACAAGCACAUCGGCACCCGCGGCUGGCAGGCCGCCGCCCACAUGAUGAGGAAGACGAGCUCCCUGCAGUACCUGGACGCCCGGAACACGCCCCUGCUGGACCACUCCGCCCCCUUCGUGGCCCGCGCCCUGCGGAUCAGUGGCAGCCUGGCGGUGCUGCACCUGGAGAACGCCGGGCUAUCGGGCCGGCCGCUAAUGCUGCUGGCCACCGCGCUGAAGAUGAACAUGAACCUGCGGGAGCUGUACCUGGCUGAUAACAAGCUCAACGGCCUGCAGGACUCAGCCCAGCUGGGGAACCUGCUCAAGUUCAACUACAACAUCCAGAUCCUCGACCUGCGCAACAACCACAUCAUGGACUCCGGGCUGGCAUAUGUGUGUGAGGGUCUAAAGGAGCAGAGGAAGGGGCUGGUCACUCUGGUUCUCUGGAACAAUCAGCUCACACACAACGGCAUGGGCUACCUGGCAGCUGCUCUGCCCUGCACCCACAGUCUGGAGACCCUGAACCUGGGCCAUAACUCUGUGGGAAACGAAGGGGUUCACAAGCUGAAGGACGGGCUCAUCGGAAACCGCUCUGUCCUGCGGCUGGGCCUGGCCUCCACCAAGCUGUCCUGCGAGGGCGCGGUGGCAGUGGCGGAGUUCAUCGCGGAGAGCCCCCGGCUGCUGCGGCUGGACCUGCGGGAGAACGAGAUCAAGACCGGCGGCCUGAUGGCCCUGUCCCUGGCCCUGAAGGUCAACACCUCCCUGCUGCGCCUCGACCUGGACCGCGAGCCCAAGAGGGAGACCGUGAAGAGCUUCAUUGAGACACAGCGCGCCCUGCUGGCGGAGAUCCAGAACGGCUGCAAGCGGAACUUCAUCCUGGCCAAGGAGAAGGAGGAGACGGAGCAGCAGAUGCGGCUCUCGGCCUCCAUGCCGGAGAUCACGGCCACCGAGGAGGAGCCGCUGGCGGAGGCCGAGCAGGCGGCCGCGGGGCCGGCUGGGGAGGGCCCCGAGGCAGAGCCAGCGGGAGGAGGAGGAGGAGGAGAGGCGGGGGAGGAGCGUGCUGAAAGCCAGGAAGGGCAGAGCCAGGGCCAGGAGCCGCCUGCUGCCGCCGCUGUGGAGGUGGACUCGGACACGGACGAGGAGGAGGAGGGGGUUGACGUAGUGGAGGGGGCCGUUACGAGUGUUUCGGAGGCGCUCCCUGGCCCCCAGCCUGCCGCUGCCGCGCCUCCCCUGAUUCUGACCCCUACCGCCACUCCCCUUGCCCCUCCGUUGGGGCCGCUCGCUGCCUCGGGUAUCACCGUUUCGGAGACCCAAGUGCCGCCAGGUACUCCUCCCUCGCCCGGCCGCUGCAUUUCCGUCUCCAGCCCUGGGAGGGGGCACAAGAUCUUCAUGGUGACCCGAGUGGAAAGCCCCCCGGAGCAGCAGCAGAAGAACCUUCCGGACAAGUGGCCGGAGAAGCAGAAGCAGCCAGCACAGUCCCCACAACCACAGACUGUAUCCCCGCAAAGGCAGACUCUAUCCCCACAACCACAGACUCUGUCUCCACAGCCACAGACUCUAUCCCCACAGCCACAGACUCUAUCCCCACAGCCACAGACUCUAUCCCCACAGCCACAGACUCUAUCCCCACAGCCACAGACUCUGUCCCCACAGCCACAGACUCUGUCCCCACAGCCACAGACUCUGUCCCCACAGCCACAGACUCUGUCCCCACAGCCGCAGACUCUGUCCCCACAACCGCAGACUCUGUCCCCACAGCCACAGACUCUGUCCCCACAGCCACAGACUCUGUCCCCACAGCCACAGACUCUAUCCCCACAGCCACAGACUCUAUCCCCGCAAAUGCCAGAGGUCCAUCAGAGUCCCACAGAGCCAAAGCCAGAGUGUGCCCCAUCACAGACGGGACCAUCUGACAAACCACACCAGCAAUUGACUGUGGAGAAGGAGCAGCUACAUUCGACUGCAGCCCAGGAGGGAAAAGGGCAGGAAAAUCAGGUGCCGGAGCAGGAGCAGACGGACCAGGAACAGGAUCUCUCCCAGAAAAUUCCAGAGCCGCCUCAGGUGGAACAGGACCUGCCCCAAAUAAACAGAGAGGCAUUACAGCUGGAAGAGGACCUGUUGCAAGUAAACAUGCAGAAGCUAGAAAUUGACCCGACACUGUCUCAAAUAAACAAAGAGGAGCAGCCUGUGGAACAGGAGGUAUCCCAAAUGAAUACAGAGGACCUACAGAUGGAACAGGAACAAUCCCAAACUAAUAUAGAGCUACCAAUUGAACAGGACCUUUUGCAGAUAAACACAGAUGACCUAAAAACAGACCAAACAUCAUCCCAAACAUAUAAAGAUGCCCUGAAGGUAGAAAAGGAACCGUGUCGAACAGACGCGGUGGAGCUGAAGGCUGAGCAGAUGCUGUGCCAAGCAAAGAAAGAACUCCAGAAGCUACAACAGUCAAAUGGAGAGGAACAGCUGUUGGAACAGGAGCACGCACAAAUAAACGCAGAGGAGAUUCAAACACAUGAGACACUGUCCCAAACAAGCAAUACGAAGCUUCAGGUAGAACAGGACCUGACACAAGCAAACACAAAGAGGCUUCAAGUAGAACAGGACCUAACCCAGUCAAACGCAGAAGAACAUCAGGUGGAACAGGACCUGACCCAGUCAAAGGCAGAAGGACUGAAGGUUGAGCAGGGUCUGAUCCAGUCAGACACUGACAAACUUCAGGUUGAACAGGACCUGACCCAGUCAAACGCAGAAGAACUUGAGGAGGAACAGGUACUCACCCCGUCAAACGCAGAAGAACUUCAGGUGGAACAGGAGCUGACCCAGUCGGACACAGAGGACCUGCAUAUGUGGGAAGACCAGGCCCAGCCACCGGAGAAGCAGCCGGCUCAGGGGCAGCGGCCAUUGGACCGGGCGGCUGGAGGACUGCAGCACUGUGAGAAGCAGUCGCCACAAACCUCGCCGUCGGCCCUGCGACUCGUGGCCCCGGCACCGGAGCAGCUACCGCCUUUGGACCUGCAACCCAGAGCUGCUCACCCCGGGCCCUCGUCAGAGGCGGCUGGAGAGCGCCCCCUUCCGGCGGAGACGGCGGCGGACGGCGUGACGGGGGAGGGCGCGGCCGCGGCGGUGGCGUCCACCCUGCCCAACGGCCUGAAGCCCGAGUUCGCCUUGCACCUGCCCGACCCCGAGGCCUCCAAGCCUGGCCGCUGCGUUGCCGAGCAUGUGAGUGUGUCAACGGAGCUCAGCUGUGGGCAGGAUCUGGAGGAGCUGCUGCGGGAUGCUAGUCUGGAGACGGGGAGAGAGGCGCCUUGACUUCAGCGCGCGCUCCAUGUACUAAUGUUACAUGCCGCAGAAUAUACCGGAAAGCUUGAUGUUGCUGUUCAAAGCUGCUCCUCAAAGGCACAAGAACAAAAAAAAAUGUACAAAGAAAAUAUUUUGGUGAUUUGACCUCCCAGUAAAACAAAAGAAGAUUAAGAUUUCAAUCCUAGUUCUGCGUCCGAUGCGGCUUGUAAUUUUUCAAGUCUCCUUGUCUCACGAUCUUGUGUGACAUGGGACAUUUUUCAACUUCUGACCUGUCCCUCCUCUUCCUCUUCCAGGGGGUCCUUCAGGCCAGAGGAACUCCGGGUGGUCCUCAUAUUUUCCCCGCUUGGCUCGCUGCUCGCUGCUCCUCGCCAUCCCGAUCGCCCCUCCACCUUCCACACGUGAAAACUCAAGUGCUAAAAAUGUUUCACUUUAAAAUCACUCCUAGUAAUGAAUCAAUAAAUAACAAGAAAAAAAAGAAAAAAAAAAGUUUAAAAAAAGAAGAAAAAAAAUACUACUUUAAAAGUAAUAUCAACGCAACCCACCCAUCCACUACAACCACAUCAAAUGAAAGAACAUUGCAAAGGAACAGGAUUGUGAGAGAAAUCACGCUUUUGUGUAUCACUACAUUCCGCCUACCGAGGAACCGGAGGAACCGGCUGGAACCAGGAUAAGAGAGAGCAAGAGAGAUGGAGAGAGGAAAUGGAGGAGAGGACCGAACCAAAGACUGCGCCCUCCUGUGUUCGCUCCUAGUACUGCGGCAGGUUUCAGAGACCAAGCUCACUGCUGACCUCUAAAGGACUCCAGGGGUACUGGAACGCUAACCCCCCCAGGACUGGUGUGACGCUGUGGCAGUAGAGGGUGACGCUGGCUUUGACUGUGCCAGACACUGCUUUUACUGAACUGUACAGGCCACAGGUCACCCAUGAACUGGAGCGGAUUCCCUGGGGAACUGGAGCGGAUUCCCUGUUGGGAGCCUUUUCUCUGUGUCACACUUUGUGUCAAAAAAAAAAGGUUGGCCAAAGUAAAAACCUUGCCCCUCCUGGAAUUAUUUCUCAGCUGCAUGGUGCUCUGGUGUGCACUGGACCCACGCAACCCCUGCACGGACAUCCUGCGUGAAGAACUUUACUUGUUCUGGAAAAGCUGAGCCCUUUUGGCAGUUGAGGAUUGCCUCCAAACCUUUUUGUGGGAGAUUUGUGCGAAUGUUGUAGAGCUCAUACACUAUGCGGGAGUUGAACUUAUGAAGACUUUGCUGCCUUUCAGAAUAUUCUAUCCAGAGAUCUUUAUCCCUGCUUGUCUUCUUUCUGGAAAUAUGGAAAGGUUAAACCCCCCCCUCAUCAGGACACAAAGCCCAGAGAGACUCCUAAAGAAAGUGUGGGGGGAAAACGUCCGUUCUGCAGUCUCUCUCUUCGUCUCGCUCUCUCUCCAUCCCCGUCGUCUUCACCCCCGUCAGUCUUCCGCCGGCACCUGGCCCGCCGCAAGCCGUCGCCCCAGACACUGACAACUCAAGAUGGAGGAAAGAAACUCACCUUCAGAUCGACGCUAAUCUUUCAUCUCUUCUUUUUUUUUUUCUCUCUCUCUCUCUCUCUUUCUUGGCUGCUUUGAGAAAACCAGUUGUAUUUAUUUUAUAGCUUUCUCCGCCUUCAUUCUGAGAGAUUCUCUUUUACUAGUAAUUUUUUUGGGAGUUUGGUUUUAAUGAUUUCCCCCUUGAUGUAUAUUUUCUGAUUCUAAGAGGAGCUGUG